UCAAACAGGAGACAUGGGACUGCGGAGUCACCGAGGGGGGGGGGAACUCUUCUCCACAACAACUCAAACCAAAAGGAAGGAAAUCAUAUCUAGCUGAAGAUGUGUUAUGGAGCCGCUACUUUUUCACAUGCAUUUCUAAUUUCUACUCCGGACCGGAAGAGAGACAACUUAAAUGACAGCUGAAGUUAUCCGUGCAUUUCUGAUACCUGGGGCAAAGUGCCACACCUUCGCUUAGCGCAACAGCUCCACGACACAGCUGGCCAAAUGGGGUGCCAAUGCUGCAGGAUGCUAAAAAGCUUCUACGACCCCUCUGAGAUGGUGGACGUGAUUAAGACCGACUCUGCGGCCAGCUCGCUCUACCGGCCCCACCACCUCCCCGGCAGCCACCAGCUCGGAGGCCUCAGCGAGCAGAAGCAGGGCUUCAACAACCUGGGCUACAGCCAGUCCAACGGCAGCACGCUGAAACUCGAGGUGGACAACAACCACGUCAACCACCGGCUGCACGCCGCACCUCCACUUGCCAAGGAGCCGAACAUGCAGGGGAGCGCGCCACCCGCAGACGGAGGCCUGUACAUCAUCCAGCCGGAAGCUCUGGGACCGAGAUGGGGGAUUCAAGACAGAGGGCCGAGCCAGGUGCCGGUUUACCCCGAACUACGGGAGUACGUGAACCAGAGGGGCGACGGCGAGCGGGACCGCAGCACGGCGAGGGACGAGUGGGUGAUUGGCACCGAAGGCCUGUCGGCGGACGAGAUAGACGAGGGCGUGGGGGGGACGCCGGAGUACCCGUGUGACACGGGGGACGAGGGCAGCGUCCUGUCAGUGGAGAUCCACACCAGCACCACCAGCAUGUCUUCGGCCGACACCAAGGACGAGCGCAGACUCCCGAAGAACCCGGACGUUUCUACCGUUGAGAGCGGGAUCUCGGUGAUGAAGAGCGAGGACGAGGACGAGGAGGAGGAGGAGAAGUGCGUUACGGAGUCCAUGGUGGCGGAGGCUCUUGCUGCUUUGGAGGCCGCCACCGCCGGGGAGGACAGCGAGUGACGGAACCAAAAAAAAAACCUCACAGACACGAAUACGACCUGACAGGAUGUUCUGAAUUACACCUCCGGUGUUUUUAAAUCAGAAAAUGGAACGAAUGAAGGAAAACUGCUAAAAGAAAAUGGAAAGUAAAGAUCUACUUUUGAACUUUAAAAUAUAUAUUUUUUUUUUAUUUCUGUCACUCUGACAGAAGACAAUGUCGGCCGUAUGAAGGAGGCAACUUUUCCAACGCCACAAAUAAGAAAAGUUGUGUAGACUGUGAAUAUCAGCCUGUUAUGCAUCGAGUGUGUUCAACACUCCUCGGUCCUAACAGGGCCUGCAUGUGCUCACUCACUGCUUUGCCAUGUCCAUACUGCCUGAGUACAGGCAUUUACUAAUAAUCAAAUGUAUCACAUGUUGGAGCAUCGCAAGAGCAGAGAGUCAAUAUCUCCUUUGUGAACUCACAGUCCUUGCCGUAGCUCGUUGUCUCUUCACGAGAGAGUAAAGGUCAUCACGUAUAUACAUUUUUUUUAUACCCAUGUUUUUGUCUCUAUUUCGUCUUCUGUUUGUUAUUUAUAAUAUCUUCACCCGCGUCGCUUUUGUUUUAUUGUUAGAGGGGAAACUGGACGUUGUUGUUCGGAGCAGGAACGCGGAAGCGGCCCUUAUUUAUAACUUAAUGUGUCAUCGUUGAUUUCAUCGGGAUAAAACAGGAUGAAUAUUGUAUGUAUGUUUACACAACACAUCAUCAGACUCAUGUACACAGACGACUCUCUUUCUUUCUAUAAUGUAACUAAAACAUUAAUGGUAUAUCACAAGAUUCAUUUAGAAUCUUCAGCACGUCACCAAAGGAUAAAACCGUAAACAGCCACCUCUACAUUUCACUGAUAUCUUAGUUUUUCAUCCACAGCUGAACUUUGAGCUUCACGACACCAGUUGAGGUAAAAUCAUUGGUGAUUGAACCACGAAGGGGCCAUCAAUGCACCCUUCCAUCACCUAUUUCAUAGGUCAGGCUUUGUGUUUCCAGUCAGGCCCAUGACAUUAGUUCAAUCAGCAGCUUGCUUAUGUGCCUUAAACGGACUAAUUGAGGCUAGCCGGUGCAAAGAAAAGAGUGUGUUAACGCUAAGUAAACCGUUACGCUCAGUGAAGUUCUGAAUAACUUUCACUGCGACGCCCACCUUUUCACUCAUUUCUUUCCCCUGCCAAAUCAUUUAUUUGGCAGUUAUUAUAUUUGUAUUGUAAAAUAAAGGAAUGUAUUUUCAAAAAUGUGCGCUGUGAGGUACUUUGUGUACUGGUGUGUGUAAUUAUUCAUUCUCAUGUGGAUUUCAGAAAAGAGUUUUAAGACUACACAGAAAGAAAUAGAGAGGGCUAUUAGCUAGUCAGCUAACAUUAGCCACGCUACUGUUCAA